AAGAUCGCAGAUAUGAGCCUAACUGCCACUAGUGUUUCGAAAGAUGAAGGUGACACUAAGGUUUCCAAAGUGAAGGGUGAUGGGGCUAAAUCUGGAGAGGUGAAGGAUGCCUCCAAAAAGAAAAUACAAGAGGCGAGUCUAAAUACCACCAAUCUUUCCAAAGAGCAAAGUGAAAUACCUGAGCCUAGAGAAAAGUAUGAUACACCCAAAGUUAAAAUCACAGAGACGACUCCAGUUACCACUUGUGAUUCCAAAGAGCAAGGUGAUGGGCCUAAACCUGUUGAGAUGAAGGCCGCAUCCACAGUGAAGAUUCCUGAGGCAGGUCACGGUAACAUUAAUGUUUCCAAAGAAAAAGGUGGCACUAAGGUUUCCAAAGUGAAAGGUGAUGGGGCUAAGUCUGGAGAGAUGAAGAAUGCCUCCAAAGAGAACAACGCCGUGGCAAGUCUGGUCCCAACUCGUCUUCCAAAACUGCAGGGUGGAAUACCCAAAUCUGGAGAAAAGAAGGACACACCCAAAGUGAAGAUCGCAGAUAUGAGCCUAACUGCCACUAGUGUUUCCAAAGAUCAAGGGGGAAUACCUAAAUCUGGAGCAAAGGAGGACACACCCAAAGUGAUCAUCACAGAGACGAGCCUAGCUAAUACUAGUGUUUCCACAAGGCAAGGUGGAACACCUAAAUCUGGAGAAAAGAAGGACACACCCAAAAUGAAGAACACAGAGACGAGCCAAGCUGCCACACGUGUUUCGAAAGAUAAAGGUGACACUAAGGUUUCCAAAGUGAAGGGUGAUGGGGCUAAGUCUGGAGAGGUGAAGGAUGCCUCCAAAAAGAAAAUACCAGAGGCGAGUCUAGACACCACCAAUCUUUCCAAAGAGCAAGGUGAAAUACCUGAGCCUAGAGAAAAGUAUGAUACACCCAAAGUUAAAAUCACAGAGACGACUCCAGUUACCACUUGUGAUUCCAUAGAGCAAGGCGAUGGGCCUGAACCUGUUGAGAUGAAGGCCGCAUCCACAGUGAAGAUUCCAGAUGCAGGUCGUGGUAACAUUAAUGUUGCCAAAGAGCAAGGUGGCACCAAGGUUUCCAAAGUGAAAGGUGAUGGGGCUAAACCUGGAGAUAUAAAGGAUGCCUCCAAAAAGAAAGUCCCAGUGGGGAGUCUAGUCGCCACCAGUCUUUCAAAAGUGCAGAGUGAAAUACCUAAAUCUGGAGAAAAGAAGGACACACCCAAAGUGGAGAUCACAGAUAUGAGACUAGCUGCCACUAGUGUUUCCAAAGAUCAAGAAGAAAUACCUAAAUCUGGAGAAAUGAAGGACACACCAAAAAUGAACAUGACAGAGACAAGCCUAGCUAAUACUACUGUUUCCAAAGAGCAAGGUGGAAGACAUAAAUCUGGAGAAAAGAAGGACACACCCAAAGUGAAGAUUGCAGAUAUGAGCCAAGCUGCCACUAGUGUUUCAAAAGAUCAAGGGGAAAUACCUAAAUCUGGAGAAAAGAAGGACACACCCAAAGUGAAGAUCACAGAGACGGGCCUAGCUGCCACUAGUGUUUCCAAAGAGGAAGGUGGACUACCUCAAUCUGGAGAAAAGAAGGACACACCCAAAAUGAAGAUCACAGACACGAGCCAAGCUGACACUCGUGUUUCGAAAGAUAAAGGUGCCACUAAGGUUUCCAAAGUGAAGGGUGAUGGGGCUAGGUCUGGAGAGGUGAAGGAUGCCUCCAAAAAGAAAAUACCAGAGGCGAGUCUAGACACCACUAAUCUUUCCAAACAGCAAGGUGAAAUACCUGAGCCUAGAGAAAAGUAUGACACACCCAAAGUUAAAAUCACAGAGACGACUCCAGUUACCACUUGUGAUUCCAAAGAGCAAGGUGAUGGGCCUGAACCUGUUGAGAUGAAGGCCGCAUCUACAGUGAAGAUUCCAGAGGCAGGUCGCGGUAACAUUAAUGUUUCCAAAGAAAAAGGUGGCAACAAGGUUUCCAAAGUGAAAGGUGAUGGGGCUAAGUCUGGAGAGAUGAAGAAUGCCUCCAAAGAGAACAACGCAGUGGCGAGUCUGGUCCCAACUCGUCCUCCAAAAGUGCAGGGUGGAAUACCCAAAUCUGGAGAAAAGAAGGACACACCCAAAGUGAAGAUCGCAGAUAUGAGCCUAACUGCCACUAGUGUUUCCAAAGAGCAAGGUGCCACUAAGGUUUCCAAAGUGAAAGGUGAUGGGGCUAAACCUGGAGAUAUAAAGGAUGCCUCCAAAAAGAAAAUCCCAGUGGGGAGUCUAGUCGCCACCAGUCUUUCAAAAGUGCAGCGUGAAAUACCUAAAUCUGGAGAAAAGAAGGACACACCCAAAGUGGAGAUCACAGAUAUGAGCCUAGCUGCCACUAGUGUUUCCAAAGAUCAAGGAGAAAUACCUAAAUCUGGAGCAAAGGAGGACACACCCAAAGUGAUCAUCACAGAGACGAGCCUAGCUAAUACUAGUGUUUCCACAAGGCAAGAUGGAACACCUAAAUCUGGAGAAAAGAAGGACACACCCAAAAUGAAGAACACAGAGACGAGCCAAGCUGCCACACGUGUUUCGAAAGAUAAAGGUGACACUAAGGUUUCCAAAGUGAAGGGUGAUGGGGCUAAGUCUGGAGAGGUGAAGGAUGCCUCCAAAAAGAAAAUACCAGAGGCGAGUCUAGACACCACCAAUCUUUCCAAACAGCAAGGUGAAAUACCUGAGCCUAGAGAAAAGUAUGACACACCCAAAGUUAAAAUCACAGAGACGACUCCAGUUACCACUUGUGAUUCCAAAGAGCAAGACGAUGGGCCUAAACCUGUUGAGAUGAAGGCCGCAUCCACAGUGAAGAUUCCAGAGGCAGGUCCCGGUAACAUUAAUGUUGCCAAAGAGCAAGGUGGCACCAAGGUUUCCAAAGUGAAAGGUGAUGGGGCUAAACCUGGAGAUAUAAAGGAUGCCUCCAAAAAGAAAGUCCCAGUGGGGAGUCUAGUCGCCACCAGUCUUUCAAAAGUGCAGAGUGAAAUACCUAAAUCUAGAGAAAAGAAGGACACACCCAAAGUGGAGAUCACAGAUAUGAGACUAGCUGCCACUAGUGUUUCCAAAGAUCAAGAAGAAAUACCUAAAUCUGGAGAAAUGAAGGACACCCCCAAAGUGAACAUGACAGAGACGAGCCUAGCUAAUUCUACUGUUUCCAAAGAGCAAGGUGGAAGACAUAAAUCUGGAGAAAAGAAGGACACACCCAAAGUGAAGAUUGCAGAUAUGAGCCAAGCUGCUACUAGUGUUUCAAAAGAUCAAGGGGAAAUACCUAAAUCUGGAGAAAAGAAGGACACACCCGAAGUGAAGAUCACAGAGACGGGCCUAGCUGCCACUCGUGUUUCGAAAGAUAAAGGUGACACUAAGGUUUCCAAAGUGAAGGGUGAUGGGGCUAAAUCUGGAGAGGUGAAGGAUGCCUCCAAAAAGAAAAUACAAGAGGCGAGUCUAGACACCACCGAUCUUUCCAAAGAGCAAGGUGAAAUACCUGAGCCUAGAGAAAAGUAUGAUACACCCAAAGUUAAAAUCACAGAGACGGCUCCAGUUACCACUUGUGAUUCCAAAGAGCAAGGUGAUGGGCCUGAACCUGUUGAGAUGAAGGCCGCAUCCACAGUGAAGAUUCCUGAGGCAGGUCGCGGUAACAUUAAUGUUUCCAAAGAAAAAGGUGGCACCAAGGUUUCCAAAGUGAAAGGUGAUGGGGCUAAGUCUGGAGAGAUGAAGAAUGCCUCCAAAGAGAACAACGCAGUGGCAAGUCUGGUUCCCACUCGUCUUCCAAAAGUGCAGGGUGGAAUACCCAAAUCUGGAGAAAAGAAGGACACACCCAAAGUGAAGAUCGCAGAUUUGAGCCUAACUGCCACUAGUGUUUCCAAAGAGCAAGGUGACACUAAGGUUUCCAAAGAGCAAGGUGACACUAAGGUUUCCAAAUUGAAAGGUGAUGGGGCUAAGUCUGGAGAGAUGAAGGAUGCCUCCAAAAAGAACAAUCUAGAGACGAGUCUAGUCGCCAAUAAUCUUUCAAAAGAGCAAAGUAGUAUACCUAAAUCUGGAGAACAGAAGGACUCACCCAAAGUGAAGAUCCCAGAUACGAGUCUAGUUACCACUAUUGUUCCCAACGAGCAGCGUGGUAGGCCUAAAGUCCGAGAGGGGAAGGAUGCGCCCGGAGCGAAGAUCCAAGAAGCAGGCCCGGAUAACACUGAGAUUCACAAAGAGAAAGGCGAAUGGGCUAAACCUGGAGAGAUGAAGGCCACAUCCAUCGUAAAGGUUCCAGAGGCGGGUCCCGGUAACACAAAUGUUUCCAAAGAGAAAGGUAACGCUGAGAAAUGUGAUGGGGUUGAAACUGGAAAGAUGAAGGUCGCAUCCAUUGUGGCGAUUACAGAGGCAGGUCCGGAUAACACUAAUGUUUCCAAUGAGCAAGUUGGAAGGCCUAAGGCUGGAGAGAAGAAUGAUAUACCCAAAGUGAAAAUCCCAGAAACAAGUCUAGUUACCACUAGUUUUUCCAAAGAGCAGAGUGGUAGGCCUCAAUUUUGGGAAAAGAAGGAUGCAACCAAAGUGAAGAUCCAAGAAGCAAGACCGGGUAAUAUUCAGGUUUCCAAAGAAAAGAGUGCUAUUAAGGUUUCCAAAGUGAAAGGUGAGGGGGCCAAGCCUGGACAGAUAAAGGCUGGAACUAUAGUGAAGAUUCAAGAGACAGGCAAUGGUUACGUUAAUGAUAACAAGAUGAAAGGUACUGGGGCUAAGACAGUAGAGAUGAAGGUGGCAUCCAAAGUAAAAACUAAGUUUUCCAAAGAGAAUGGUGAUUGGACUAAUGCGAGAGAGAGAAAGGAUACAUCCAAACUAAAGAUGCAAGGUAACACUACGGUUUCCCAAGGGAAAGAGAAAGGUGAUAGGCCUAAUCGGGGAGAGAGAAUCGAUGCACCUCAGAGCACAAACAGCAUUUUCAAAGAAACGCCUAAGCCAGAGGAGCACCCGGGUAACACUCCCGAUUCUCAAAAGCGUGAUACCAAACAUGCCCCCAACAUGGCGAUUCUGGAGGCUCCAAGUAAGACUCAAAAUUCACCAGAUCAUGACGCUAGGCAAAAUACCAAAACAAGAAAGGAUGCACCCAAAGUGAAGAUCUCAGAUGCAGGUCCGAGUAGUACUAAUAUUUCCCGAGAGAGAGAUGGUAGUCCUAAGUCUGGGGGGAAGAAGGUUGCUUCCAAAGUGAAGACCCCAGAGACAGUUUCUGAUAUGACGAGAGAUGCCCCAGUGCAAGAAGGUAGGCCUAAGCCAGAAGUGAAGAAGGCUGGUGUGGGAAACACCAAAGCUUCCCAAGAUACAAGAAAUGGGCUAAACCCAGGACAGAGAAUUGGUGCAUCAAACAUGAAGAUCCCAGCAGGUAAAGGUAGUAGGCCAAAGCUUGGGGACAGCAUACAUGCCCCCAAAGCAACAAUUCGAGAGGGAGCGAAUGGUAGCAUUAAAGGUUCUCAAGAGCAUGAUGGUGGGCAAAUUGUGGGAGAAGCGAAGAAUGCAACCAAAGCGAAGAUUCCAGAAGCAUAUCCGGGUUACAUAAAAAGGUCCCUUUGUGAAAGAGAAGGAGAAAAGAAUGAUACACUCACCGCGAAUAUCCAAGAAGAGAGUCUGGAUUAUACUGAUUAUUCCCGAGAUCAAAGUAAUAAGCCUAAACCUGGAGAACAGAAGGAUGCUCCCAAAGUGAUGAUUCCAGAAACAGCUCGGGGGAAGACGCAAGGUUUCCAAAAGCCUGAUGGUAGGCAAAAUAUGGGAGAGAGGGUGGAUGCACCCAAAGACAAGAUCCUUGAUAUGGGUUCAGGAAACACAGAAAUGGCCCAAGAAGAAAAUGGUAGGUCACGGCCAGGAGAGAGGAAUGCCACAGUGGAGCUUCCAGAGGCAGCUCUGGCAAACACAAUGUUUAACCAAGUGAAAGGUGGUAGGCCUCAUCCUGGGGACAGCAAAUAUGCCACCACAGGAACGAUAUCAGAGCCAGAUCCGGGUAACACUCAAUAUUUCCAAGAACAGGAAAGCAGGAAAAAUACGAAGAUGGGUGAAGUGAGGAUUCCAGAUGGUGGUAAUCCUCAACCUGAAGACAGGAACGAUGCACCUAUAGUGAUGACCCUAGAUGCAGGUACAGAUAACAACAAACUAUCCCAAAAGCAAGAUGGGAUUCUUAAGUCUGGAAUGAGGAAACUGAAGAUCCCAGAAACAUAUCUUAAUAACACCCAAAAGUCCCCAAAACAAGAUGAUAGGACUGAUCAGAGUGAGAGGAAGGAUGCACCAAAAGUGAAUAUCACAAAGGCAGGUGCGGAUAACACUAAACAUCCCCAAGAGCAUGGUGGUAGGCUUAAGCGUGGAGGGAGGAAGGAAGCGUCCAAAAGGCAUGUUCCAAAGGCAGCGCCGUGUAACACUCAAGAUUUUCGAGACAAAGUCAGUGGACUUAAGCUUUUAGAGAAUAUUGCAUCCACAGUAAAGAUUCAAGAAGUAGGCCCCGGCAAUACUAAAGAGUCCCAGUUGCAUGUUGGUAAGUCUAAGCCUGGAGGCAGGAAAUAUGCACCUAAACUGAAUGUUCGAGGCCUUGGUUACCCUACUGAGUCACACGUACGUGGCGGUAAGUCAACAACUUUGAUAAGAAAGGAAGCACCAAAAGCGAAGAUCCUAGAGACAGGUCCGCGUAAGAUUAAAGAAUUCCCCAAACAAGGUCGUAGGCCUGGAGAGAGGAAAUAUGCACAGACAAAAGUGUUCUCAAGAAUAAAGAAAUGCGCAUCCAACCGGAUGCCUCGUGUCAUGAAAGCAACUACAAGUAGAACUAUUAACAAAAGAAAGCCUGCUACGGCUGUCCAUAGUGUACACCCCAGUGGAAAGGAUUCAGAGUUUCAGGGUGGAGGGACCAACAUGACUGUUGUUACAUCAUUUCGGGGUCCAGUGUUUUCAAAUCCGAAAUGGGACGGUGAUUCUACAAUGAAAGACAUUUUCUCAUGGGGGGCGGCCAUUGAUACUGUUAUCUCCAAACAAACCAUCGAAGAACAAGAAUCCACUUCUCGUGGAAGCAAGCAGGCAAAGGUAUCACAUGGAGAUCACUUGAACUGUUACUGUCAUUACAAAUGUUCCUGUAAAUUUGACGAUACCUGUUUUUGCGGAAGGCAAGCAGACCACAGGUAGUUUUUUAGAUGUACUGUUGUUAUACUUAAGGAUAAUUAGACUAAUCAUUUUAGUUUGUAGUAUAAGGUACACACGAGACAGCUUCUAAUACGUCCCUUAGAGAAAUCUUUUCGUUUGCGUGCAUGUCUUCAUCUAUUGCAAACAUUUCGUAUUUUCGAGUUCUCCAAAACCCAGGCGUCUAUCAAUAUAAGUAUUACACAAUAGUAGUUUGUUCGUGCCUAUUCAUUUUCGUGAAUUAAUGUAACAGCUAUCAAGUUAGUGUUUAUGUACAUAGGCGUUUGAGGAGGUUCAACUGUCAGUAAAAGUUGGUUCUUCAUAAACAUGGUUAAUCGCGACUACGAGACAAAGAGUUUGCGCUUCAGUAAAACCUCGUUAAAUUGAACUUCACUUACUGGUUUAAGACGAAGUACCAAUACAAUCCUUAUCCUUUUUUUGGUAAGAGCUCGGCACUACUCUUGUCCCGAACUUAGGAUAACUUAUGUUUUCGACGGUCCCCUUGAAAUCGAGUCAAGGGGGUUCACUAUGUACAGCAUAUGUAAAUUAUUUUGGGACACAGUACAUACUUAAAAUAAUGAUUUGAUAUUCCCUGGCCACAAUUUGACAUCAUUAUUUUGACUUUGACAUCAUUAUUUUGACGUCUUCUAUUUUUAUUCAUAUACCAGUGGCCAUGGCUUGCCGUCGCUUUCAUGCUUAUGAUAUAUUAAUCCUGCAGUGAAGUAAAACAGUUUGAAAGUCGGAGGUUUUAUCGGUGUUGUACUUAUAAAAAGUAGUAUUUCGACUUUGUAUAUAUCCAUGCUGGUUUCAUUAUUAUAAUAUUCAAUGUUUACAAACAUUUUCUCACUUUGGUGGUAGAUGGUAGAUGUUAUUUUAUUACCCUGUCUGCUAUAGGCAUUUGUCAGAGAGGUACUGGCUGUACGUGCAUUCUGUCAUUGUUAAUUAUUUACUGAUAUUUCGGCGGUUAAUCAAGACUGAGUUGGUGUUCUCGAUACAUUUCAUUAAGAGAUUCAUAUCUGUGCAAGUGACAUUCGUAAAAUUUGUUUAUUUCAAAUACGAAUGUUAUGUCAACGCCAGAAAAUAACCAGUCUCGAUUAUCUGCCCAAACAGAUUCCACUGGGCGUAAAAGGCAAGACAGUGGUAAACAUUAAAUGAACGGAUCACUGAAAACUAGUAAUGACAUCGGGUGUUUGCGGUGUUCAAACACAAUAUUUAGAAGCUUUAUGGCAGUUUUAAUUAACUAUUAAUUACACUAUUAAUUUAACGUUAUUACUUCAAGUUUUAUUUUGAUACAAUUCGAAGUAAAAUGCAUACCCUUCCAUUUAAUGACUUACUGUACUUUAUCAUUUAAAUCAAUGUUAUGGAUCGACAAUUUUGUGCCACUAUAGCACAUGUGAUACUUCUGUGUACAUAGAAGGCGGGGCGGUCGGGUAGCCUAGUGGUUAAAGCGUUCGCUCGUCGCGCCGAAGACCCAGGUUCGAUUCCCGA